AUGCUCAUCAACGUCUCUGGAAACCAAUCAAAGCAGUGGAACAAGCACUUUGCGUGCUAUAUUUCCAAUGGACUUCUCACGCGCGAGGCUUUAAUGGAAGAAUUCCAUGUGCGCUUUGUUGCAGCCUCUCCAACAGCGACCCCAUUAGAAAUCAUGCAGGGGGUCCGAAGUUCAAUGGAACGCGCUUUCAACAAUCCAGUGGUGGCAUACGAUGCUCUUAACGUGGAAGAGGCUCUCCUACGCCCGUUUCCUCUUCUCUAUGCCGGAGACAACCCAAUGCAGGCAGAGCUUUCUAGCGGCGCUGGCCUGAAUAGCAACUUUUUCUGUCGGACAUGUCAUGUCGGCGGCAGUCAAGAGCACAAACGGUCGGAUGUGGGAUUCGGCAGCAUUUUCGAGUCCAGCACUAUGCGGACAAGCUCCGAAACUCGGGAGAAGGUUUUCGAGCAGCUGGUCACCGCGUUAGAGCCAAAUGUUGCCACAAAACUAACUGAAGCUGUCCGUGAUUCAGGUGUCAAAGACGGAGUCGCCCAACCAAUCAUUGAUCAUAUCGUGAAGCUUGGCCAGCAACUACGCAAGUCAUCCAGUCCAGAACAGGUAGCCCAUAGCCCGGAGGAGGUUCAAGCAAUCCUCACAAAAGAGCUCCGUAAAGCGCAUGGCCGAGGCCAAACUUAUAAUCCUUUGCUGGAUGUUGAAGGUGUUGACAUCCACAAGGACACACCUACCGAGAUUCUGCACACCAUCCUACUUGGAAUUGUCAAGUAUUUUUGGGGUCAGACCGUCUUCUUUCUAGAGAAGGCAAAACAGUUCCACAUCUUCCAGAUAUGUCUGAACUCGAUCGCCUCGGAUGGCCUUAACAUUCCUGCCAUACCCGCGGAUUACAUUUGUCAGUAUAAAGGCGCCCUGAUUGGCAAGCACUUCAAGACCUUGUCGCAAAUCAUGGCAUUUACAAUAUAUGAUCUGGUCCCCCAGAAUGUGCUCGAUGCAUGGCUCCUAAUAAGCCGCCUGACUGUCAUGCUCUGGCAUACCGAGAUCGAUGACAUGAAUGUCUACCUGGCUAAACUUCAACAAUGCAUCGAUGACAUCUUAGACGUCACUGCACUCUGCAGCCCGAGUAUUCUUAUCUCAAAGCCCAAGUUUCACUUCCUUGUCCAUCUUCCCUUCUAUAUUCGUCGAUUCGGUCCUGCUAUACUGUACUCAACAGAGCGGUAUGAGUCUUACAAUGCUGUAUUUCGUGCUGCCUCCAUGCACAGCAACCGAAUGGCACCGAGUCGUGAUAUCGCUGGGACUUUUGCAGGCAUGGAUAGUGUCAAGCACAUCUCAACUGGCGGUUGGUGGAAGGACAGUUUAACAGGGAAGUGGGUGUGCGCUGGUGCAAGCGUGAUGGCAUACGUUAAUGAACAUUCAGAGCACUGUAAAUUGCUUGGAUUGCGUGUGCCAACAGGUCAAUCUCCUGGACAUGUUGUCUUCUUGCGGGCAAAGGCAACCCACCAGAAAAUGGCAACUCCUGUCGUCCUCAAAUGGGAGGACUCUAUGGCACAUUCGGCUGGCCUUCAGCUGUCUACGGUGCUCAAUGACCUGUCCCACGAGUCUUCACAUAUACCAGAUGCCAACUUGCAAUUUUACAGCGGAAAGACUAUUGUUGCCGAAAAUCGGGACAGGAUCAACAGUGGUCAAUUUGCUAUCAUAUGCCGUCCUUCUGAUGGGAAACUUAUUUUUGGCAAAGUUCUCGAGAUUCUUGUUGUGCCAUCGUCGCCUGACACAGCUGUUAUGGAUCCACUUGUAUAUGUGGUGGUCCAGCUGUUUGAAAUAGGCGAGCGCCCCCAUGAGCGAUUGGACAUGCCUGUCCUGCGUUUGACUUCCGAAAGGAUUGUUAUGCGGCCAGUGCAACUGGUGUGUGGAAUAAACCUCCAGCAUGACUGCCACCACGGACAGUGCACAACGGAUAGUUAUCGCUCACACUUUGUUGAAAGGGAGCUGUCCGAUACUCUAACUCGCAACAUCAUCUCGCACUCAGAUGAACUGACAUAUAUUCUCAAUGCUGGUUCACUGCAUAACUACCGGGCGAUUUAUGAAGCUCUACCGGUCCAUCUACGUUCAUCAUCAUUUAAAGUUGACAAUUCACUUGCACUUCGGCAGCGUGCAGCUGCCUUGGUGCGUGAGCGGAAAAAGCAGCAGACAGAAGAGCACCAUGAGCUUUUGGCCACAAAGGUUGCAGAGCACGCAGGAGUAUCAAAUGCUCAAGAUGCAAAUACUUCCCAGCCCAAGGACCUUCUGCAGACAGACGGGGAUAUUCUCGAUGCGCUUGGGAGCUUUCUGGGUGAGACAGAACCAGAUAAGGCUGAUCCUUUGCCGCAAACAGAAACUGACUUGUCUUCGUGCCCUGUCUUUGAUUCUGGCGCACCUCGUGCACAUAAGACGAGGGCAAUCACUGGCUUGGCUUCAUGUUCAAAUGAUGUUCUCAAAGAAUUGUGCUGUGAACACAAGCUCCUUCGCAAAGGAAAAAAGGAGGAGCUUAUCAACAGACUAGAGGCCUUCUAUGCAGACUCAACACUCCUGCCACCUACUUCAGAACGACUUACAGGACUUCAUCGCCAAAUUCAAGCUCGCAAUGUCCUUGCAAAAUCUGCAAAGAGCAUCGGAAAGCGGAAGCGUGCAGAGGAUCUGAAUGUUUCUUCUGAUGGACUUGCUCGAGCAUUGGUCGAAGGCGAAGUAUCUGGUUUAAAGUCUGCUGGUGGUGGGCUUUCAAAAAGGAGAAAAGGUGCGGUGGAUGAUGUUCUUCGCCAAAGCAACAUCCACGAGCUUCACAAGCUCUUGAUGGGGGAAAAUUGA